AUGUCCAGCCAACCCGCUAACGGGAAGGAGGAGGAUGAGAUUCCCGCUCCUCAGCGGCCGCCGUCACCACCGCCUCACACCACCUUCGCUGCGCGUGGGCUUCAUGCCCCCACCUUCUCGGCCUUCAGGCCACGCGACAUCCGCAUUCCUUCGCCACAGUCCAUGAACCAUGUCGCAUGGAACUGCGAUGGAAGAAGACUGGGCGCGGUUGGCAUCGACAAGGCGGUGAGGCUAUGGUACCCAGAGAAAAGUAUGGAGAUGCGAUCAGCGACGCUAUUCUCUGGCGGACACACGGACGAUGUCGAUUACCUAUCCUGGAAUCCGACACAUCCGGACUUGUUCUGCACUUCCAGCCAGAAGGACAGGAGGAUUGUUUUCUGGGAUGCCCGACAAACACGCUAUAUUCAGCAAAUAAAUCUCGGAGCGCAUGGCGGCUUGCGCCCUGUCAUGACAAGCUACGCUCCCGACGGCAGAGCCCUGGUCUUCGCCACACAAGCUAGAAACUUUAGCUUCCUUCUCUACGGAAACGGUGGAGAUGGAGGAAAGGAACAAUGGCGCCUCUGGGACAGGGACCUAGUGGUAGGAGCGUCGACGGCGAUCUUCAAUCAUGCCGGUGAUGGCGUGGUGCUCGCAAGUCAGUCAGACACAUACAUUCGCACCUACACUUUUCCCUCUCUAUCGCUCAUUCACGCUGCCCCGGCGCACGUUGGAGGAUGUUCAGCUAUAGCUCUGGACCCUAGGGGCAGAUAUCUCGCAUCCGGAGGUCAUGAUGCAAUCGUGAAUUUGUUCGAUCUGUCAGAAUGGAUCUUCGCACGUACCAUCACCGCUUGCGACAACGCCAUCAAUGCCUUAAGCUUUUCACACGAUGGAGAAUUCCUCGCCAUUGCCAACUCAGGAUCGUACAUUGACAUUUGUUCCACGGAAACGGGGAUGCCGUUGCACCGCGUUCCUACUCUUGGUCCUUCUCCAACGGUGGCAUGGCACCCUUCGAAAUACAUCAUCGCAUAUUGCGGGCAGACAAAAACCAGAGAAGGAGGACCUGGGCCGUCAGCCUGGAUAAGCUUGUUCGGACCUGGUAUGUAA